CCGGUACUACUAGCUAGUACGGACGGACAGGACAGUACUAGUACUACCAGUAGUACGUUCUCUCUGGUAAUAGCAUCCCCACCACCCGCCACAAAGUCCCAGAUCAAGGCCAUCAAGGAAUCAAGGUUCACAACUUGUUGUACGGUUGCGAUAAGCAUUCUCUGUCGAUGCUGGUGCCUUCGAGUUUUCUCUGUUCUCAGAACAAGACUAUGAGAGAGAGAAGGCAAAGACAACCAUGGCGGCCCUAACCCGUUCGGCUUCGCUCGCCGAUCUGUCGGAAAAGGAGGGACGAAAGACGCCCAAGGAUGGCGAUCCCAGCCGCAGCAACACGGGUAGCGAGAAACACAGAAGUAGGUCGAUCACCCACAGAAUGUCUGCAGGCAACAACGCAUCCCGUGCAAGUUGGAAAUGGAUAUCCAACUCGAGGAGCUUUCAUGAACACCGUUCUCGAUCACAGAAAGGAGGUUCUGUGCUCUCUUCGGAUUCUGCAUUACCAGCCGACAGUGCUACCUUCAGCAAACCCACUGGAGUCCAGUCUCAGGCAACCCCAAGUCGCCAUAAGCAGAUAUCCCCUCGACUUUUGGAGCAUUUGGAAACUUUGCUACCGAAAUAUUGUAUCCAUUUAACCCAUCCAACAUAUCAAGAGGCUGCCAAGGCUAUGAGGCUGCUUCUAGACAACCCUCCACCGGUUACUGCCAUUGCUGAAGUGGCCAUGGCUGCUACUUUUAUACCUGGAAGUCCAGAGAAAAAAUCAAACCAGCGAGCUCGGGAAAACGAAGCAAAGGCAACAGUAAAAAGCGAAAUGAAUCGUCUCCUUGCGUCCCCUUUUCGUUCCCGGAAACCCAGGAGAGACAAGUUGGAUGACAGCCGCAGCAACCCACGCCAAUGGGGUGCAGCUCUGUCUAGUUUGGGAAGUCAAUCAUCCGCAUCUUCUGUGAACAACUCACACCAUCACCAAGGCAAGUCGUCCUUCGUGGCAAAGCUAGAUGCUGCGGCGUGGGAAAGUUUUGUCGCGCCCUUGAUCUUGCUAGCUGGCGCAGAAGCCAUUUAUGCUGAUCUCGAACAUGUUCAUCCCACACCCAGUAUAAUCCAUUGGCCAGGCUUGUAUCGGCGCAUUGCCAGUGAGUUGCGGGCAUUGGUGCCUCGCCCACAAGAGAAAAAGUCGGGGUUUUCACUGUCGAGGACCGUGCCAACACUGGAUUCGCCACCAACCUCGCCCCUGCGAUCAUCAUCAGCUUCACUCCUCCCUCCAGCCGAGGCCAAAUUCAACCAACUACUGUUCCCACCACCAAAUAUGCAUCGUAGUGCAGACUCGUCGGGAAUAAGUCAAACACCGUUGACACCAAAGACAGCAAACACGGCACAAACAACGAAUGAACGACGCCCUCAGGAAUACAUGCAACUGCGGUCGCUCUUGGCUUGGUUAGACGUCAAGCGCCAGUGGUUACCAUUUCAUGAAUCUCUGUUUCUUACUUGGAAUGUAGAGAACCUUGCAGAAAUACGAGACUUUGCCGCAUCUUUGCCUCAGAAACAAGAAGAAACAAUGCGACCCCUUGACGAAGCACUGCGACUCGAGGUCCUGGGAACGUUGUCCCUCAUGGAAAUGGCAUUUUGGUUGGAACGUGGAAGGUUCCUGGAAACAAUUGUCAGUGCUCGAAAAGUCAAACAGCAAUUGAUCGCCGUCGGCGACAGAGAAACUGCUCUUGUUUUGUGGAUGAAGACUACGUUCCAAGAUUAUCUCAGCAUCAUGCCAUUGGUGUACGAUAAGGUGCUAACUUUUGCGACUCCGUUGUACGGGUUUGAUCAACAGAUUCUCUUGGAAGCAACUCAGAAGGAGAGGACGUUUCUGAACGACCAAAAGGGUGUUGCUGAUUUGGAUGCCCAAAUCAUUGAACUUCUUAGGAAGCAAGAGAGAGCAGGAGGCACAUCAAUGGCAGUAGCAAUUGUGUUGGACACGGGAAUCGAGGAUGUCGAAGAGGAGAACCCAGCUCCAACGAGUGCAACGCAUCAAACUAGCAGAACCCUGAAUUGGGCUCAAAGCGGGCAUCAUCAUCAUCGAGUAGAGCUUGGAUUCUCCAUGCAAACCACACUCAGCAAGAACCAUGCUGGAGGAGGCGGACCCACCUCAAGGAAAACCCUAGUCGACCCCAACGCCAAAUCAUCUGGCGGCACCGACGAGGAACAGAAGUCUACAAACGUAGCCGAGCUGAGGCCAUGGCCUGCAGUUUACCUUCGAAGCACAAUGCGACUUGGUACGCCAACACGCGGUGGUGCAGCAAGCAAUACAGGCGGGGGUAUGGGAUUGAUCAAUGGCAUUCGCCGCAACGCAAGCUCAACGAAAGGGAGCAGCAGUGCUCUCGAUGGAGGUUCAUCUUCGCAGCAUGGCAGCAGUUUGCAUUCAAGCCGGAGUGCAGGCUCGGUUGAUGGCAGCCCUCGUUCGAAGUACCGGAAGAGUUCGUCCACUCGGCGUUGCUCCCUUCUUUCACAUGGGAACAUAUUCGAGUACGAAACAGAACCAAGCAACGGAUCAUCCUGGCCACAUUCCGAAUGGGGCCAAUUGAGGAGUUUCCUUGAGGCCUUGUCAUUGGGAGAUGGAGCUUGGUCAGAGAAUUUUGUCACAGACCACGUGACAAAUUCGCCAAACACUUCACCUGGUCGAAUGGGAGACACUAGCUCCCUCUCGGGUGUCGAACCGACCGCAGUUACGUUUCAUCCAGACGGGAUAGAACCAACAGGCGAAGGAUCGGGAAGAGGCUCAACAACCUUUGACUCACGCCGCAGUAUUUUGUCAUCGGAUCUGGGCAAACAGCUAUGGGACCCUUUGCCAACCCCACUGACCACAGCGUCAUCAUCGAAUGUUGCGUCGAGCACUGCUCCCACAACAUUCCACGCUGUGCAAAUCAACAACUUUAUGUGGAUGAUAGUCAUGGUGAAGUGCGAGGAGGAGUCUCGAUGGCAUAGACGGAGGUCUCGAGGCGUUCCAGACAGGGAAAUUAGAGAAUUUUUGAAUCACAUGGCUGCCAAACUAGCAAUAUCCAAUCGUUUCUUGGGACUCAAGACUUGUCAAACUGCCAGAGUGAAGGUGAGGGAUCGAUUGGCCCCCCGAGUACGCGGCCGUGACCUCGGUCUUCGCGAUGCGCAGUGGGAAAGUGCCAAUCCAGAGGAUGACGAUCAAGCUCAAGAAGACGUCUUGCAGUUGAUGAAAGAGGCGUUUUCCGUGACGGGGUCCCACCCAACGCUGAAUCGCGCCGAAUCUAUCCUUACAACAAUGAGUGGUGGCUUUCGAGCCUCUGGGGGAAGCCGGAGCCCACGUGACCGACGUCGAGUGCUUGCAAUGCAAAAGCAGGCUGGGCCUUUCGCGAACAAUUCUGACUACAGGGAAGGUGCUGCUAUGCUGUUUCUGGGACCAGAGCUUUUUCGCCAGUUCUUGGAGUCGACGAGCGAAUGAAGCGUUUUCUUGCUCUAGCCAGUCGACGGUUUUCGCCUUUGCUACUUGCUGUUUUCUUGCUUGGUUACGAAAUACGGUACCGUGCAAUGCAGAUGCAAAGGAGUAGUCUAGUAACUCGGAGAUGCCUUCUGGUAGCCUUGUUGGCGGUGUCGCUACAGUACCGAUGAUCGAUGGGGACUAGCAAGAGGUACGAUGUACCUGGUACCAGUACUAGUAUCUUGGCAAAAUAUGCAUUGAAACAGUUAAAUACAAUCAAUCCAUUAUCUUGGCAAAUCUACAAAUCGAGU